AUGAAUUGUUUGUCAAGCAAACAUAAUGUUAAAUUACUUGAUUUACCUGAUGAAUUAAUAUUAGCUAUUGUGGAGAAAGGUAAAUCUCAAAUAUCCUUUCUGUGCUCUAUGAUCGAUAUUGGUAAUCGUCGAUUGGAACAACUUACCUUCAACAAAUGUCAUUCAAUUGAUUUCGUGAUUGAUUAUCUUGAAGGGAAAAAUUCGUCGUUAUUUGUGAAUCGAUUCUAUUCCCAUAUUAUACUUCGUAUAUAUGAUCAAAUUCAAUCAUUAACAAUUCAUGUUCAUCAUAUUAAGUCUCUUCAUAAAUUUCUUCAAAAUAAUUACAAUGGAGUUCUUCCAAAUUUGACACAUUUGAAAGUUAGACUUUGUGCUAAGUGUCCUAAAACCGGUGCACAAUAUACGAUAGGAAACCAUCUAAUGUCUGAUCUUGAAUGGCGGAAACGACCUCUUUAUACAAUUGUUCUUCAAUGGUUUCUAUUUCCUUCAUCUCUUGUUAGUGAGCAGAUAAAUGAAUUAUGUUACUCGACAAUGAUGCGUUCGAUUCAAUCAUUUCAACUUGAUGAUAAUUGUUGUUUGAGCAUGUGUUUUCGUAAAGGUGAAAGACGCUUCAGGGAAGUACCUCGACUAACGGACAUUCGAAUGUCUUUAUUGGAUCUUGAGCAAUGCAUUCAUCUUUUACUGGAGCUCGGUUCACAACUUCGAUCAUUUACGGUAACUAUCGGAAGUUGUUUUUCAUACGAACCUAUUUUAACAUCUGAUCUACAAUUGAUUUCAUGUCCUAAUUUGAAACAAAUGAAAGUAACCAUUUAUAAAAACUUAAUAGGUUAUCAAGCGUGUUUUUCUCUUCUACGAUGUUUAUCAAAUAUUGAAGAUUUAACAUUAUUGUUAGCUAUAGGAGAUGAUGGUAUAAAACCCAAUUAUUUUAUUGAUGAAUGUGUUUUGGAAAAAGAUUUACUUUCGUACAUGUAUUGUCUACAUCAAUUCAAAUUUCAUAUUCGUUCAAUUUUAAAAAAUGUUUCUCAUGAAAUAAUCAAUGAAACUCAUCAAAGUUUUCUAAGACAACAACCAUUUAUUUGUUCAUAUGAUAGUUUCAAGAAUAAUUAUGGACAAUGUCAAAUCUAUUCAUUGCCAUUUAUUGGUACUCGCCUCGAUUUUGUUUCUAAUCGAUUUCCAUUGUUUAAUGGUUCAUUCUCAAAUGUUACAACUUUGCUACUUUUUGAUGAUGUGUUACCAUUCGAAAAUAUUUUCUUUCAACGCCUUGCUCAGGCUUUACCUCGAUUGAGAACACUGGAAAUAAGAAACGAACUCGAACAAGAACAGAAAGCGAAAGAAACCACAUUGAACAUCAAUCUCAUUGGUUUUCAUCAUUUAACUACACUUAUUUUGUAUGAUAUUCAUAUGGAUUAUGCUGAACAAUUUCUUUGUCAAAUUCAUCUUUCGUCUCUAGUGGAACUUGCUAUUGACAAACAUAUUUUAUUAACAAUAGUGCAACAAAAUCAUCCACAAGCAAGAGAUAAUUGCUUACGAAUUGGAAAACUGCGAACAUCAGAACCUUCUUAUGAAAUUAUACGUACGAUUCAACAAUCUUUUCCAUUAGCUGACUAUGUCAAACAUAAGAAUGAGUAUUGA